GUAAUUUAGAAAUCGAGGAGCAAAGAUGAGGGAAGAAGGGGUUUUGUUCUUCUCCAAAUCGAUGAAGGGCAAAAGGCUUCUUUCAGUGCCUGUGUUGGCAGUGUUAUCGUUGAUACUUUUCACGUAUUACACUUCAAUCUUCGUCUUCCUCCAUGAUUGGCUUGGUUUGCAGAGUUCCCCUGGCACUUUGAACGCCUUCCUCUACUCUCUCUUCGCCUCUCUCACCCUCGUCUCUUUCUUCUGUUGCCUUCUCACUGACCCCGGCUACGUCCCUUCUUCCUACGCCCCAGAUGUUGAAUUCGCCAAAGAUUUGCUGCAGAAUGCAGAACAGAUGAAAUGUAACAAGUGCUAUGCAUACAAGCCUCCGAGGACUCAUCAUUGUCGAGUCUGCAGAAGGUGUAUUCUAAAAAUGGAUCAUCACUGCUUGUGGAUAAAUAACUGCGUUGGUUAUUGGAAUUAUAAAGCUUUCCUUGUUUUUGUAUUAUAUGCCACCAUAUCAAGUAUUUAUUCUAUGAUCAUAUUUAUAAGCUCUAUAAAUCAGCAGGACUGGGAUUCCAUUAAAGGGAACAGUUCUCUUCGGAUAUUUUAUGUCACGUAUGGAGUGGUGUUGUUGAUCUUGACCAUAACACUUUUGACUCUUUUUGGAUGGCAUGUCUACCUUAUCCUUCAUAACAUGACAACCAUAGAGUAUCACGAAGGAAAUCGUGCCAAAUGGCUGGCUAUGAAGUCUGGGCAGAGCUACCGGCAUCCAUACAACGUUGGCGCAUACAAAAACAUUACUUUGAUUUUAGGUCCAAACAUGUUGAAAUGGUUCUGUCCCACAGCAGUUGGCCAUCUGAAUCCGAAGGAUGGGGUUAGCUUCCCCACAUUACGUGAUAAUUCUUGAACCUAUUCUGAUCUGACCGCAUCCUGAAUCAACAGCAGGUCAUGCCUAUGGAUCUUGAAAUGAGGAAUUAGCUCGUUCAUCUGAAAUUGACACUCAGAGAAAAGAGUUUAAAGAGAAAAGGCAAUUGAUCCUUUAAGCAAGCCUUGAGAAAGUAAGCUUAUGCAUAGAUAUUUUAUCCAAAAAUGUUUGAUUGUCAGUCUUUCACCAGCUAGGCUUCAUCAUAGAUUGUUGAAAACGGAAACUUUAUUUAAAGGAUGUAAAUCAGGUAACUCAUUUUUCCUUUGAUUUUAUUCCUGGCACAUAGCCACAUACUUAGAAUAAUUGCAGGUGUGUCACAAGGGUCUUUUCAUAGUGUUAGUGGAGAGUUUCUAGCUUUUUUCGUUUGUAGGUUUAGCCAUUCUGGUUGUGGUAUCUUUUCUGUUCAUUUUAUUAUUGAGAAAUGACCUUCAAUUUUAUAUUUCCUGUGUAUAAAAUUGAUGAUUAUGACUUCUAUACAUUUUCUGUCCAUUUUAUUGUAUCAAGCAAAGAGACAUUGUUGUGCC